UGGACGCGUCUCCCUGUCACCCAGUUCGGAGCUCGGGUGCCCACUAAUGUCGGGGGACAGUGAUCCGCGCUAAGGGGCGGGCGCUGCCAACAUGUGACAGAGAGCUGUCUGCUGGUUUCUCCACACCCAUCUGCCCCUCUGACCGUUAAAGAGGUGAACGCCGUUCUCCCGCAUUCGCCGGCAUCUCCGACUACAACUUGUUCCUCCUCUUCCUCUUUUUCUCCCUAACGAGCUCUGUAAUGUCCUGUUAAUGUUGUGUGCACUAGUUAAUGAGCAUUAAUCCAUCACUACUGGAUGCUAUUGUUGCGCUGGACGGGAGGAAGGAGGGGGUGCGGGGGUGGCCAUUUGAAUGCAAAUACGUGACACUGUGACAGCAAGGUGCUUAUUAAACUGAUGUGUCCUCCUGUCUUUUCUGCCGGGAGCUCAGGAGAGUGAAAAGACGCGGGCAGCGGGAGGAGCGAGUCGCAGCGCGCUGGGAGUUGCUCACACCAAGUUCUGCGAACUUUAAAAAAACAACAAAGAAAUUACUGAAUCGACAACCAAAAGAUGGCAAGUUCUGCUUCCUUGGAGACGGUGAUGUCCGGCAGGACCGGACCGUCCGCGGCUCCCAAGACACUCGCCUUCUCCAUAGACCGGAUCAUGUCCAAGAGCACGGAGCCGAAGCGGGGCGCGGAGGAGCGCUCCGAUGGGAAGAAGAUGCUGGGGCUCUGCUCCCCGAUCCCCUGCAUGUUCCCGCUGCAGCCCUUCAGCUACGACCUGCAGGCCAAGGCGCUGAUGAACUACUCGGAGCUGUGGAGAGCCAGUUUCAGGGGGACUUUUUGCGGCUCCGCAUCCGCACCGUGCAAAGUUAACUGCGGCAUGUGCGCCAAAGCGGAGUCGGGCUUGAAGCAGCCGCCGCUGUCGUCGGGAAGCCGGGUGGUGAAACCGCAGGUCAUCCACCAGGCCGUGGCCGUGCCCACCGGCGGCUCGCUCUACUAUCUCAACUACCUGGACUCUGCGUACCAGCAGUCGGAGCUGUUGGCCGGCCACUGGUUCUCCAACCAGCAGGCCCAGGCCUCUCUGUCGGCGCACCACAGACUUUUACUUCUGGAGAACGCCAAACUUGCAACGGUCGGGUCCGAGAAACUGCCCACACCGCAGUACCCUCACAAGGAACAUCUGCCGGGGCAGCUGGACCAGAUAGUGAAGGAAAACCACGGCCUGAGUGCCGAGAAGAACGGCGUAAAGACGCACAAUAAAGCGAGCAGCAGCUGCACCGGCGCAGCAGACGCGAAGCCCAAAAACUUCACGUGUGAAGUGUGUGGAAAGGUUUUUAACGCGCAUUACAAUCUGACCCGACACAUGCCGGUGCACACCGGGGCCCGGCCCUUCGUGUGCAAAGUGUGCGGGAAAGGGUUCCGGCAGGCCAGCACGCUGUGCAGACACAAGAUCAUCCACACACAGGAGAAGCCUCAUAAAUGCAACCAGUGUGGGAAGGCGUUUAACAGGAGCUCCACACUCAACACUCACGUGCGGAUCCACGCAGGCUACAAACCUUUCGUCUGUGAGUUCUGCGGGAAAGGUUUCCACCAGAAAGGGAACUACAAGAACCACAAGCUGACGCACAGCGGGGAGAAGCAGUACAAGUGCUCCAUCUGCAACAAGGCCUUCCACCAGGUCUACAACCUGACCUUCCACAUGCACACGCACAACGACAAGAAGCCCUUCACGUGCGCAACCUGUGGCAAGGGUUUCUGCCGCAACUUCGACCUGAAGAAACACAUCAGAAAGCUGCACGACAGCGUCUUCACGGCGCCCGCGGAGCCCUCCAGGAAGAGGGAGCCGCAGAGCUGAGGCCCCACAACCCAGUUUCCUCCUGGACGGACUGUGGGGCCCCUGAGAGACUGCUGGCGUGCCGCUUCUGUGGCCGCGCGGAACCGCUUUCCCGCGCUGCUCGUCCAAUGACUUUGGAAAAACACUUAAAGGGAACUGUGGUCAUGCUUUACAAUUUUGGAUCCUGUGAAACUGUGGUACAAAACCCUUCGUACUUCACACUCAUUCCCGAUCUGAUACGGUGUGCUGCUGUCCACGGGGACAUUCGUGGGACAGAUCAUCCGAUACCACGAUGGAACUGUAAAUAAUAGGUUAAAUAAAAGGAAAGAAUAAUAAAACAUGUUAUUUAAAAUGUGGAUUGCCACGUUGUGUAUUUCGCAAAAAAAGAGUUCAUGUCAAUAAAUAAGUUAUAUCUUAUAAUGAAAAUGAAUGUCUGAGCCACGUCAUUUCUGUUUGUUUUUUAAGGCAUUUGAAAAUAAA